CAGCAGCAGCAUUUUUCCUCACGCACAUACACAUAGAGACCCUUCCCUCCCCGCCUCACUUCCGUCGCCAUGAAUCCCAGCUGCGCCCGCUGCGGCAAAAUCGUCUACCCAACCGAGAAGGUGAACUGCCUCGACAAGUACUGGCAUAAAGCAUGUUUUCAUUGCGAAGUCUGCAAGAUGACUCUCAACAUGAAAAACUACAAGGGCUAUGAGAAGAAGCCAUACUGCAAUGCACAUUAUCCAAAGCAGUCCUUCACUAUGGUGGCUGACACUCCAGAGAAUCUGCGCCUUAAGCAGCAGAGUGAACUUCAGAGUCAGGUUCGCUAUAAGGAGGAAUUUGAAAAGAAUAAAGGGAAGGGCUUUAGUGUGGUGGCAGACACACCUGAAUUACAGCGAAUCAAGAAAACUCAAGAUCAAAUCAGCAAUAUAAAAUACCAUGAGGAAUUUGAGAAAAGCAAGAUGGGUGCUCCUGGAGGAGAGGGAGGUGAGCUGGAACACCGUAAUUCCCAAGAAGGUGCCAAUUACAGGAGACCAGUUGAACAGCCACCUCUAUCACAUCAGCAACCUCAUCAUGCCCAGCCAAGUAACCCUGUUUACCAUCAGCAGCCAUCACAACAACCAGCCUCUCAAUCAUAUGGCUUUAAGGAACCAGCAGCACCAGUCUCAAUACAGCGUAGUGCCCCAAGUGGAGGAGGAAAACGGUUCCGUGCAGUCUAUGAUUACAGUGCAGCCGAUGAAGAUGAGGUCUCCUUCCAGGAUGGUGAUACUAUAAUCAACGUGCAGCAAAUUGACGAUGGCUGGAUGUAUGGCACUGUUGAGCGGACCGGUGACACAGGCAUGCUUCCAGCUAACUAUGUGGAGGCUAUAUGAGCUCUGUUGUAGGGCUACCCUGAAAGCCAGCAGGGGAAGGGCUCUUUGGGGGUUUUGUUCCCUUAUCACUUAUUUGCUCUUUCUUGUUACCCAUCAUUUAUUAUGUUAUGAAUCUUUGACAUGGUCAUUUUUUUUCUCUACCAACUUAGCCUUGAUGGAAGGCAUAUAAACUUGGGAGGGGUAUCAUGUAAUUCCCUUUCCAUCCUUUUCCUCGGCCUUCAUGGAACAUAGCACUGUGCCCUUCUCCCUCUCCCUGGAGCUGUAUUUUUUGGAAUUGAUACUUAAUGAAAUAAAUCGUACUACAACUGCUAUAUGGAUUAGGAAGUAGUGUAGGAAGGCCCAAAAACUGUUGAUUUAGCUGGCGGAGAAGGAGAGGAAUGUCACACUUUCAGUAACUUUGGGAAAAUCUGAACAUUUUAUUGAAAAAGAUUAUCAUGAUGUCUACAGUGUUGACUUGCUCAUUUAUUCUAUCUAAUUUUCUUUUCCAUUUGAAAGAAAUAAAAGUA